AUGAUGAUAAUUCUUUUCCUCAUCGUGGCAGUUCUUCUGCUGCUAAGGUUAUACUACGACCGGGUCCCGGCGCAGAAACCUAUUGGAAAGGGCUUCUCCACCGACGACCGCGAUCAUACCGCUGCCUCUCUCGUCCGCAAGGUGCGAGAGCAAUGCCGGGAGAUCUUCACCUCCCCGGCCCAAACAAUCGACAAUGUUUUGAUUCAAAGCAGUUUCCUCAACAAGACUUUCCCAGACAUGUCCGAGACAGCGUUAUCUUUUGGGCGUGGAAUGACCGGCUUCUUCAACAAGACCUCCGACCACAACUGGACUGAAAACGAGGACAUCUUCAUCGCACCUCUCAGAAGGUACAUCAACCUCGCCUCUACGAGAGACCACGCGGCUCAGUGCGCCGUGGAGGAAACACAUCGAUGCGCGCUGGAGUGGACCACCCAGAAGGACGUCGAGCUGUUCGAGGGAAUCUCCGAACUGGUGCACAAGGCUUCUGUCAGAGCUCUUCUGGGCGACGACUUUUACCAGCUCAGCGACGAACUCCGCCGUCUCCUGCAUACGAUCGAUUCGGAAAGCGCCAACCCGUGGCAUCCCGCCCUCUGCCUUUUCCACUGGGACAACAAAGCAAGAAGGGCGCGUCUGGCGCGGGAGCGCUUGCAAUGCAUCUUCACCGAGAAGCUCAUGCGCAGGGAUGCUGCUGCCGUCGCUGGCGGUCCUCUGCAGACCGACUUGCCGGACUACGUCACCCAUCUACUGAACGAUGAGAGCACGGCUUCUCUGAAGCACUAUUUUCCAUCUCAUAACGCGGAUAUCAUGCUCGCUGCUCAGAGUUCUGUGACUGCCACAAUAUCCUGGGUCAUCGUACAGCUCCUGCGGAACCCGGACAUGAUGAACGCCGUCAAGAGAGACGCUCGAAGCGGCCAGAGCGACUCGACUCUUCUGCAGGCUUGUAUCAAGGAGACACGGCGGUACUUUACGAACUUUCAGAGUUGUCAGGGGAACAUCCAAGGCAUCAGAUCCAUGGUAUCCAGCAUGCCUGAACUCCAGUGCCGAUUCCAGAAGUACCCGCCUUCUGACUCCUGGAUGCCGGGGAGGUGGCUCAAUGCCGAAAACAAGCUCGUCGACGUUGGUGGGAGGAACACUGACUUCUUUGCGAACGAGUCUAAGAUCCAUUGGGAGAAGAUGGAGAUGGCCGUGACGACGAAUGCAUUGAUGACACUGUUCCGGUGCUACGAUAUCUCUUGGACGUCUCUCGAACAGCCUCAGAAGAUCAACGCUGACAGCCUUCGUCUUCAACAUUUUGGAUUAGUCUGCCCUGAGAGCUGCGCCUUCUGCCGAGCCCGAAAGAUCAAAUGCUCCAACGGGACCAUCUGUGACGCCUGUCGCAAGCAAAACGUCGACUGCGUCUACGACUGGGACUCCCGUCCGUCCAAGUCCCGCACGAACUCACAGGAUGUCAGCCGGAGAAACAGCACUGCUGACGGAAACAUCGCCAUACCAAUCAUGCAGCGGCAGCGAUCUUCAACCGGUGGCUCGUCGCGUUCAACACCGUUCCCAGAGGAGUACGCCUUCACAGAUGGGCAUGCGCCCGUCGCCAUGAUGGAUCUGAAGGAUGUCGCUACUGAGCUGAACGAGAUAUUUCAAAAGACUUUGGGAGAGGUCUCAAAGCCUCGUUCAAGAUCCAGUGUUCAAGACCGCGUUGAGGGUACCAGCUCCAGGCCCGGCCAUCAUGGCCUUAUGCACACGAGUAUACUUCAUCUUGUUACUCAUGACUUAGUCGGCCUUGUUGCAGACAGGUUUGGUAGCCUAGGCUCGACAUAUAUGGAGCAACGCAGUGAUAGCUUCUUCUCGAGUGGGCUGGCAAGCGAAAACACAACAACAAUGUUCGACACCGUACCGGCCGAAACAAGUCCUCUGACAGAAUACGGAACGCGGCAAAUCGGACAGCUGGUAGAUGUCUGGUACAGCAUCCAUCCGCUGUCGUUCCUUGUCUCGAAGACGUUGCUCCUACGAGAGCUCAGAGAUGGAACGCACGACGAGAUCCUGCUAGCAGUCAUUCUUGCCGAUGCCUCUUCAUACCUAGGAGACGAUGCUUCCGUGGCCAGGGCGCGCGUCCUCAUGGCCUGGGCGGCUUCCCAACUCUGCCAUCGCCCGUCGCCGAACGCCACUUCUCAACCAGGCAUGCCCGGGGAUGGCAUCUCUCUUCCCGGUAUAUCAACAGCGCAGAUCCUCAUGCUCCUGGGAUGGAACGCUCUGAGUCAAAGAGAAAUCCGUCGUGCGACUUGUUACAUCAGCCUCUGCAGCCGUAUAUCAACCGAGAUCAAGGACUUCGUCGAGACGUCGGACGCACCUCUGGCGACGAGCCGUAUUAAUGGCAUUGACGUCUGCGAGGUAGAAAAGGAAAUCGCAGCGUAUCUUUACUGGACCACAUACUCGCUUACAUUAUGGACCUCUCUCCAGACUGGCGUUUGUUUCUCACAAUCACUACCUGCAAGCCCGACUUCCAUCUUCCUCCCGACUGACGAAACCACUUCGGCCUUGAUGCGCCUCGAUGAGGUUUCAGACAACUUCUCGACGUUGCAGAAACAGAAGAGGAUGAUCAAGGACAUGUGGCCUCUGGCUCACAUAGCCUCCAUCACAGCAUACAUCGUCGCCUUGCACCCCUUCGAUUCUGAUUCGAAAGAGUCGAGCACUAGCUUAUGGGAGACGUCAACCUUGUCUCUUCAGGGUGGCUGUCCUGCAGAUUCAGGAGGAGCUCGCCACGAGCUCUACCAAGUGUUGAUGGAGAGCAUCCACGUGCUGAACCACAACUUUGCGCCAGUUCCUUCGCGUUCCUUGGUCCUCGCUGUCUACCAUGCCAUGGCCAUUCACCUCACUUUCCCUCCACCAAUAGCUGAUGCCUCACCAUUCCCGGAGCUGAUGAUCAUGACCGACGAGACCCUUGAACGCUUUAUGGCUUCCGCCCAGAACCUCAUCGCCAUCAUGCUUCAAGUUGGCGAGCAAAACACGCCGACGCAGCAUCAAAACCCCGUCCCCGAUGUCUUCUGUUUUUCAUUAGACACCUGCGCACGUGGUCUUUCCUUCAUUUACUCACUGAAGCAAGCUGGCCAAUCAGUUUCUCAUCACGAAGGUCAGCUCGAAGCCCUGGCUUCUCGUCUGGUGGACAUCGCCGCCUCAGACUUCACGCCAGCUGGAAGCCAGAUCCGUAUCAUCAAGAAGCACCUCAAAGCAGUCAUGCGAGCUUUCGGUGGCACCACGAGCAUUUCCGGUAGCGGCAAUCGGCUCCUCAGCCUCAGCCCAAUGCCUCCCCGGCCGCGCUCCUCCGCCUCCUCGACAACACACUCCAUCUCGCGCCGCAACUCAUUCUUGUCACACAGUCCCCCUGCGGAGUACCUCUCCGGAGCCCCGACGGCCGUAAACUCCGCGCGGUCCUCCUUCAUCAGCCCGAUGCCCACGCCGAUGCUUCCUUCGCUCUCCUCUUCGUCGGACGACACCCACACCAUGCCCUUUCCGGCAUACAGCAGCCCUGACGAGAGAGCACACGAGUGGAAUUCGUCGAGCACGAUGUUCUCCAGCACCAUGGAUCCCGCCCCCGCCGUCUUCGGCGCACCUGCUGCCGAUCUUGCGUUGGCGGAUAUGAUGAACUUCAACAACACGGCCCCUGGGGGCUGGUUUACGGAUAACAGGCAGAUGUUUGUAGAUCUCGAUAUGGGAGAUUCGAACAUAGGAGGCGCAAACUUGGGACCUCAUUGGGAGUGGCCCACAAGUUCUUCUGACAUGCGUUCUGAAGCCGCGGUUGGUGGCGAUGUUGACGACAUGUUUUACUACUUCAAGAGGUGA